UUUAUUCUUCUAGCUCUAUUUUUUUAUGGCGAUGGAGAGCAUUCGGAUUGCGGCAAGGAGAGCGGCAGCAAGGAAAGACAACGGCUACAGACAGCGGCAAGGAUACAGGAAUGGUUAUGCAGGUGGCUACAGAAAGCGCCAAGGAGACAGGAAUGGUUCGACAGAGGGGUACAGACAGUGGAAAGGAGACAGGAAUGGUGGUGCAGGUGAUAUCGCACAGAUCGUCGGAGGGUCAACGUCCUUCUUCUUUUAUAAUUUCCCAGAGGAAAUGGAGGCAAAGUUUCUAUGGAACAGUUUUCAGAUGCACGGCAAGGUAGUGGAUGUGUAUCUUCCGAGCAAAAGAGACAGGAGAGGGAAAAGGUAUGGUUUCGUAAGGUUAACAGGGGUCAAGGAUGUGAUUCAAAUGGAGAGGAGGCUGAAUGAGAUCUGGAUCGGCUCCUACAAGAUGAGAGUGAAGAUUGCAAAUGACAGACAGAGGAAGGAACCAAAAUCCAAAAAGGUUCAAGGCGUGUUUAAAGCUAAAGGAUCAGCAUGCAGCAUGUAUAGAUUGGUUCAACCAGGGCAUUCAUAUGCACAAGCAGUGAAGGGCCAAGGAAUAAGGACGGAUAACGUAUUAGAACAGCUGCAGGAAAAGGUAUAUGAAGCAGUCCAAGAAAAGGAAGGGGUCAAAGCAGGGAUGCAGGAGAAUUCGGAGGUAGAAAAAACAGAGGAGACAAUUGAAUUCAACCCAACGGGAGAAGAGCUGCAAUGGCUUGAGGGCGGCAUGGUGGCAGUGGUGAGGUCCAUGGCAAUGGUGUCUGAGAUUCAAGAGCACAUGGACGCUGAUGGAGGUUCAAUCUCAUUAACACCAAUUGGGGGAAGAAGGGUGUUACUAACUGAAAAAGUUGCAGGGGUGUUAUCCGAUUAUAUGAAGCUUAACCAAGAGCUGUUUGGAUUGUGGUUCGAGGCUAUAAAACCGUGGGAGAUGGACCCAGAGGAGAGAAGCCGAAUGAUGUGGUUGCGCAUAUCCGGGGUGCCUUUAAAGGCAUGGAGUGAGAGAUGUUUUCAGAGGAUUGGAGAGACAAUCGGAGAAGUGUUGAUGAUUCAUGAGGAUACAAAGAAGAAAUCAAUCUUAUGGGAUGGGAGAGUAUUGAUAUUAGGCUCGGAGUCGGGUAAAGUCUCAAAACAAGUUAAGCUCAAGGUGGGAAAGCAGGAAUACAACAUAGAGAUAGCUGAAGAAGAGUGGCGCUCUGAUCCGGAUUGGUGGUUAUCGGAGAACGACCGGAGAAGUGACAUGGAAACGGAGUCCGGUUACUCAAACUCGUGGUGUCAGAAUGAGGAUUCUGAUCUGGAUUUGGAAGUGAUGGGUGACGGUGUGGAGACAAGUAAUGGGUCAGAGCAUUUAAUGAAGGAGAUGGUUUCAAUUUCAAAUCCGAAGAGGGCAACGGAAACGGAGAGCUGCAAUCAAGGGGUGAAAGAGACAGUAUGGGAAGGGGAUGCAGGCUUUGGGCGGUCCAAGGAAAUUGGACUACAAAAAUUGAGUGUUGAUGGGCCAGAAGAAAGCAGUGGGCCGAAUAGUGGGAUGGGCAGAGGACAGAUCACGCAUAAGAGCAUAGAGGAGCCCAGUUUAAAUGCUCAAAACCAAAUGGAUUCACUGACUCUGCAGAAAUCGAAAAUCCCAAAAAUCGUGAGCAAAAAACAGAGGCUGCUUAGAGAAUGCUAUCAGGAAAGCAUGGAGGAGAUCUGGGCAACAGCAGACCCGAGAGCAACGCCCAGAAUAAGGCAACGACAUGCACGGAUGGAAGGAAAUUGUCAAGCUGGGGAAGAAAAGGUAGGCAUCGCUGUCUCUGUCUCAAUUUCAGAUGGUUGCAUAGAAAAUAGGAAUAGGGUGCUGCAGAAGGAGUUGAAUAUGCAUGAGGUGCGCCGGAUGAUGGGGGUGGGGAAGAGGUUGGGUUUUAAUAUGGAGAAUUUUGAGGAGGAGAUUCAAUCAAAAUUAAUGGAGGUAGUAGAUCGGGAAGGGGCAGGGAAGAAGGACGCGUCGGGGAGGGGCUUGGGUGGGACGCUGAAAAAGAAGGAAGUGAGGAGGAUGGUGUCUGUCGAGAAGCCUAAUUUUAUGUUCUUGCAGGAAACAAAGUUAGAAAAGGUGGAUGUUGGUGUUUGUAGACAGUUGUGGAAUUCAGAUGAGUUUGAUUGGGUUGCGAAGGGCUCUUCUGGAGCGUCGGGGGGUCUACUAUGUAUAUGGGACAGGCGGUAUUUUGUAAAGAGGGAAGAAUUCAGUGGAGAUGGGUUCGUGGGAAUAUCAGGGGAAUGGAGUGCAAAUAAACAGCUGUAUUUUUUAAUAAACGUGUAUGGUCCAAAGGAGAGACAGAAGAAAGCUAAUUUGUGGGAGGAGCUGAGGAGAAUGGUGACAGACAAGGAGGGAUGUUGGUUAAUAGCAGGGGAUUUUAAUGCAGUGAGAGGUCCUGAGGAAAGAAGAGAAAGAACAGGGGAGACCCCGGACAUGAAGGAUUUUGAUGAGUUUAUAACGACAACGGAUUUGGUGGAUGUCAAAUUGUUGAAUAGAAGGUAUACAUGGUAUAAGCCAGAUGGUUCAGCAAGGAGUAGAUUGGACAGAUUUCUAUUGAACACAGAGAUGAGCAAUAUGGAAGGGGAGUGGAUACAGCAUGGAUUGCCAAGGAAUAUCUCUGAUCAUUGUGCUAUUGUGCUGAAGUCCAGAACAACUGAUUGGGGACCAAGACCUUUUCGGGUUAUAGACGCAUGGCAACAACAUCCAGAUUUUAAGAAGCUUGUUGAAGAUAAAUGGAGGGAGACGGAGGUUGAGGGCUUUGCUGGGUAUAAGUGCCAGCAAAAGCUGAAACUACUCAAAGGAGUUUUAAAAGGUUGGAACAAGGAAGUCUUUGGGAACAUGGAUGCUCAAUAUGAGCAAGCAGUAAAAAAGAUUGAGCAGGUUGACAUGCAGAAUGAGGUAGCUGAUCUGGAAGUUGCUGAGAUUGUGAAGAGACAAGAAGGAUUCUCUGAGAUGUGGGAUGUUUUGAGAAAAAAGGAACUUAUCUGGAAGCAGAAAUCAAGAAGUAAAUGGGUGCGUGAGGGAGAUGCAAAUACCCGUUUCUUUCAUAGAGUUGCAAAAGGAAGAAGGGCACAGAAUAAUAUUGCGGGUUUAAGGUGUGAAGGGGAAUGGCUUGAAGAUCCAGAUUUAGUCAAAAAUGAGGUCUGCAGAUAUUUUAGAAGCCUGUUUCAAGGAGAGUCAUGGAAUAGACCCAAGCCUGGGAAUAUUAAAUUUCAGCAGAUCUCUGAGGAGAAGAAGGAUUGGCUAGAAAGAUCUUUUUCAGCUGAAGAAAUCGAGGAAGCGUUAAGGAGUUGUGAUGGUUCAAAGGCUCCGGGACCUGACGGAUACAAUUUCAACUUCCUUAAAUUUGCUUGGCAAAGCAUAAAGGAGGACUUCAUCAACUUUUUCUCUGAAUUCCAUAGUAACGGAAAAUUGGUGAGGGGCCUAAAUUCUUCUUUUAUAGCCUUGAUUCCUAAAAAGUUGAAUGUCGGGGGACUAAAGGAUUAUAGACCCAUUAGCUUGUUAGGAUGUGUCUAUAAAUUAUUAGCGAAGGUGCUGGCAAAUAGAUUGAAAUCUGUGAUAGCAGAAAUAGUGAGUGAAACGCAAUCCGCCUUUGUAGGGGGCCGACAGUUGGUGGAUAGUGUCUUGGUGUUAAAUGAAGUUGUUGAUGAAGUGAAAAGGAAGAAACAGCCAGCUUUUGUUUUCAAAGCAGAUUUCGAAAAGGCAUACGAUUGCGUAGAUUGGUCCUUUUUGGACUGGAUGAUGGAGAGGCUUGGCUUUGGAACAAAGUGGAGAGGCUGGAUUAGGGAAUGUCUUUCAACGGCGAGAAUCUCGGUUCUGGUAAACGGAAGCCCGACAAAGGAAUUUGAGAUGGGUAAAGGUUUGAGACAAGGAGACCCUUUAUCUCCUUUUCUCUUUUUGAUGAUUGCAGAGGGGUUACAAGGGCUGGUCAAGAGAGCAGUAAAGGAGGAAAUGUUGCAUGGGAUUGAGAUUGGAAAGAAAGGUUUGUCAGUGUCGUUGCUCCAGUUCGCGGAUGAUACAAUUAUAAUGGGCAAAGCGGAUGCGGAGAAUAUAUGUAUGGCGAAGGACAUCCUAAUAUGGUUUGAACUUAUGUCGGGAUUGAGGAUUAACUUUAGUAAGAGCAGCGUGUUCGGUUACAAUGUGUCUGAAAAAUGGCUUAAAGGUGCAGCGAGUAUGCUACAUUGUAGGGUUGGUAAAGCACCUUUUCUUUAUCUGGGAUUACCUGUUGAUGGCAGAUUUGGGAGCAAGAAAUUAUGGGAGCAGGUCGUAAAUAAGUUUCGUACCAAACUCGCUGUCUGGAAGGCCGCUACUCUUUCCUUUGGAGGCCGUCUCAUCUUGCUAAAAUCGGUACUCUCUGCACUGCCCAUUUUUUAUAUGUCCUUAUAUUUAUUACCAAAUUCUGUGCUUGAUGAGUUGAUUAGAAUACAAAGGAACUUUUUAUGGGGCGGGACAGGGUCAAUUAAGAAAAUUUAUUGGGUUAGAUGGGAAGAUGUAUGUCGUGAGAAAGCCAAAGGGGGUCUUGGGGUGGCAGAUUUACGGAGGAAAAACUGGGCAAUGAUAGGAAAGUGGUGGUAUAGGUUAGGUGACGGGGUCGAGAGUCUAUGGAAAAGGGUGGUGAGGGAGAAGUAUUAUGGAGGUAGGGAGGAGGUUGAUAUUACUUCAAUUGAGUGUUUAAGGGUAUCAAAGCUUUGGAGGGACAUCAUAAGGAUAGGGGGUCUGUCUCUCAAACUUAGGAACAUGUUAGUUGAGGGCUUCAAGUGGGAGGUGGGGGAAGGAAAUAGAGUGGAGUUCUGGCUUAAUAGAUGGUGCUGGCGGGUGGAGUGGAGGAGGGGUACAAGAGGGCGAGAGAAAGAUGAGGAAGAAUUGUUGGUGAAGGUGCUGGAGGGUGUCAAUCUAAAGGAAGGGGCGGGGGAUGUUUGGAAGUGGGUACAUGGGAUGGAUGGUAAAUACGUGGUGAAGCUAGCGUAUGAUUUCCUAGCUUCGUCCGAGAGAGUUUUGGAGGACCAGAUGUGCAAACUAACAGGGUGCAAGUUGGUGCCAUCCAAAGAGGGGGUUUUAUGCGAAUGUGGUAAAGGGAAGCUGGAGGAAGUUAAUCAUUUAUUUUGUGUAUGUGAUAAUGCGUGGUUAGCUUGGACUCAAGUGUUGAGUUGGUGGGGUUUAGAGUCUGUUAUGCCUAACACAGUUGGGGGAGUGGCAGAAUUUUUCAUUGGAGAAGGAAUGCUCAAGUGUUUCGAAAAGAUGAAGGAAUACCAGAAAACCUGCUGGAAAGGAUACAAGUUAAAACCUUUGUAUGGAUUAAAUCCAAAAUCAAUGGCUGUGUUUUUUCCUUUUAUGAAUGGCAAUCCUGUCCAAUGGAGUGCGCUAGGUCUAUCAAAAAUCAUAAAAGGAUGAGGAAGCAGUUCUAUAAAGCGGUAGCUACCUCCAGAUGAUGGAUAGGAGGAGCAGAUUUCUCUUUAAUGUUUUGUCUUGGGCACCUGACGCUUUUGUUGUAUGUGGUGGUUGAUUAGUUGUAUUUCUGGGUAUUAGGAGAGUGGCUCUCCUCUGUUCUGGUUUCCUAUUUUUGUAUAAGGGCAGGAGCACCCCUUGUGCUUCAUUAU